GAGAAAAAGAAAGGGAAAGGAGAAGUGAAGAAAAGCAAGAAAAGAAAAAGAAAAGCAGAGAAAAGAAAAGGAGUGGGGUGGGGUGGGGAGCUGAAGGAAGACAAAGGAAUCAAGAGUCGGCGCUCAUGUCUCGCCGACCACUAAUCAUAACGUCUUCUUCACCACCGCCAAAUUAACAUCUUUCUUUUACUUUUCAAUCUAACCUAACUUCUCUAUAAAAUCUCAUAUCUUCAUCUACUGUUCCGUUUUCGAUUCUUUUGUUCCUUCGUUUUCCUUUCACUUCGAUGUGGGCUCUUCCGAGUUUUUUUUGAACGGAAGAGAUCCGUAGUUCAAGUCAGAUUUAGUAUUCUGAUUAGGGUUUUUUUCCCCCCUUCUAUUUUUCGGGUUUUCUACGUUUGUUUUUUCCUUUUUCCCUUUUUUUGGGUGGGGGGUGUUUAUCGAUCUUGUUGGGGAUCUUGAAUUUCGUUGGGUUUAGUUAUGAGAGGAAUGACUGAGCAACAAAUUACAGUCGAGAGGACAGAGGAGGUUGAUAAGGAGAAGAAGAAGAAGCGUCGACCUCGGCGCUCCAAGCAGAAUCCUGCGAUUUCAGGAUCAAAUGAUAGUCCAGUUAGUGGAAUACGUAUGCAAGAAUCAAGAUGCUUGAUGAACAAUGAUAACUCAAAUCAUGUAACCUUAUCUAUGAAUGUGUCUUCAGCACAGUACUAUGGGUUGGAUGUUCAGACAUCACACGAUCAUGGACUUGCCACAGCGUCUGAUGUUACUUUCCAUUCUCUGCCAACAAUGCACAUCAACGGUGAGACAGCAGCAGUUGAGUUGGGAAGUACGCAAGAUGAGCAGAUGUUUCCACCUGACAUAGGGCUCACUGUGUUGUCUAAAUCAUGUCCGGAACUGAUCUGCAGUGAAGGAAAAAAUCAAUCAUUUUCAAAUAAAGAGGCUCUCUAUUUUCAUAAGAAUGAGGGUAACGCUGGUAUGCAGAGAAAUUAUUUCCCCCCUCACUGGUCAGUUGAGGCAGUUAAUGAGGCAAUAGAGAAGGGUGUCGCUUUUAAAGCAUCGUUUCGUGUGAAUGCUUAUAAUCGUCUUGAGGCUUACUGUACCAUUGAAGGUGUCCCAACAGAUAUCUUUAUCAGUGGAGUACCUAACCAAAAUAGAGCUGUAAGUCUAGUAGUAAUUUUUCCUGGUGUUAUUUAUUGUUACUCAACUGUUCAAUAUCAAUUGGCUUUCCCCUUGGCUAUGAAGUAUAUAUUUUAUUAUUAGUAAUAUUAUUAUAUU